UUUCUACACACACCAAAAAGCGAAGCCAUGUCUGGCCUAAUGUAUAUAUUUCUGACUUUUUUUGGAGGCGUUUGCGCAAAAAUAUGCAAUUUUUGAAAAAGUCGCAGUUGAUAAAUCCCCGAUCACUUCAAAAAGAUUUCGCGCUUGAUCCCUCCGCCGCCGUGAGGUUACGAUGCCAGAAUUUCUUGACACAGGGACAUCCUCCGUGGACAAACAGAGAAUGUUGCAGGUCGCCGACCGCCUGCAGAGGAAACUGAAGGACAAGGGGGAGCUCUCGCACCACGAGAAGCUGUGUAUACUGUGCGACACGCUGGCCAGUCCGCUGUUUAACCAGAUCCUGACCGUGCAGCAGUCCAUCAAACAGCUGAAGGAACAGCUGAACCGCAUGCCGGCCGACCGCUCUGCAGAAUUCGAUUUCACAAAGAAAGGUUUACUGGUAUUCGAUGCCGACUCCUCUGCCCAAUUGGGAAACAAGAGCAACUCCGUGUCCUUUGACAAUUUCAUCUCGUCUAGAUUACCUCUUGUCAAACCCUACUUGGGCACCGAAGAGUUCACCAAAAAAAUCCAUCAGAUGGCCGAGGGCAGGCAAAUUGAAUAUAUAGAUAUCGAAAAACCUCCUGUAGGAGGCCUCGGAUUCAGCGUCGUGGCGCUCAAGAAUCCUAGCGGGGGAGACGUCGGGGUGUUUGUCAGAGGGGUUCAGGCCGGAAGCCUCGCAGACAGAGAUGGACGUCUUAAGGAGAACGAUCAGCUUCUGGCCAUUAAUUACACUCCGCUGGACAUGACCGUCUCGCACCAGGAGGCCAUAUCUCUGCUGCAGCAGUCUUCUGGUCACAUUCACUUGGUUGUCGCUAAACAGCCACCUCCGCUCCUUCCCCAGACCCAGAUUCCCCAACAGCAUGAAGAGAUACGCUGGGGCCACAUGGAAGAGAUUGAGCUCAUUAAUGACGGAUCGGGAUUAGGGUUCGGGAUCGUCAGCGGCAAAGCCAGCGGUGUAAUCGUGAGAACCAUCUUACCCGGGGGACUCGCUGAUCGGGAUGGAAGGUUAAAGACCGGGGAUCACAUCCUAAAAAUCGGAGGCAUCAAUGUCCAAGGAAUGGCCAGUGACCAGGUCGCUCAGGUGUUAAAGAAUUGUGGCAAUUCUGUUCGUAUGAUGGUCGCCAGGGAUCCGGUGGGUAAGACUCCACCAGUAAAACCUCCGGCCCCGGCAACAUUACCGGUCGGUUCCCUCCCUCCUGGAGAUGCCAAGACCAGCGCUGCCGACUCUGUAUACGAUAUUACCCUCACUAAAAAGGAAGGUCAAAGCCUCGGAAUAACAGUGGUGGGCUACACGGGCGGCGGGGGCAGCGGAGGAUCUUCUGGUAUUUACGUGAAAGGCAUCAUACCGGGAAGUGCCGCUGAACAAAGUGGACGCAUUCAAGUUCAUGACAGGAUCGUGGCGGUGGAUGGGAAGGACAUCCAGGAACUGACCAAUCAGGAUGUGGUGACGGCGCUGCGUAACACCGGCCAAACCGUCCAUCUUACCCUGUCCAGGGGCAAAGUACCGCUCAGCCCAGUGUCUCCCGGCAUCUCUCCACGCAGAGAUGUGCCAACUGUGCCAACCGUGCCUCCACCUCCGCUGCCUGCCGUGCCACCGAGGGCUGCAAUAAGCGAGGUCCCCGAAGAUUCCGAGUACGACGAAGUCAGCCAAGAGCAAGAAGAUAACUGCAAAAAUGAACUAAAAACAGCUCCCACCUUAUCUCCAGAGGCUGAAUUGCUAAAGUCGAAGUGGGAGAAGCAGCUCGGACCUGAUUAUCAAGUAAUGGUGGUUGACCUGGAUACGAAGAUUGAGGAUGACGAGGAACUGCAGAAAUACUCCAAGUUGUUGCCAAUACACACCAUGAGGUUGGGGGUAGAGCUGGACUCCUUCGAUGGUCACCAUUACAUAUCUACUAUUGCUCCCGAUGGUCCCGUAGCCAAACUUGACAUUUUGCGACCAGAAGAUGAAUUAUUAGAGGUGAACCAAGUGCAGCUGUAUGGAAAGUCUCGCCGAGAAGCCAUCUCCUUCCUCAAAGAAGCGCCUCCGCCAUUCACUCUCGUCUGCUGUCGCUGUUUGGUUGAUGAGGAAAAUGAGAACUUUGUGGACGAUGCAGAAGACCUUACAGUCCAGAAUGAUGGAGUAAGUGUGCGGCAGCAAGAUGAAGAGGAUCAAGUCUUCAAGUCACCAGAGUUAGUUGGAAUUGAUUUUCGGGAACAGGAACAACCGGAUGAAGACCUGACCCACAUCACUGAGACCAAAGAUCAUGAUGAUGUUGAUGAUGGAGAGUUAACCCUGUGGUCUCCACAAGUUGACGUUGUCGAAUUGGAAAAGGACAAACGGGGUCUUGGCUUCAGCAUCUUGGACUAUGAGGAUCCCUUAGAUCCGGCACGGACGGUGAUUGUGGUUCAGUCUCUGCUAGCAGGUGGUGUAGCUGAGGAGAGCGGAGAGCUUCUGCCCGGUGACCGCUUGGUCUUUGUAAAUGACAGUUUUAUGGACAAUGCUUCGCUGGAAGAGGCUGUGCAAAUAUUAACAUCUGUGCCGCCGGGAAGAGUCCGCAUUGGCAUUUGCAAACCAUUGGUGAGUGAUCUGAAGGAAGGACACGUGUACAUCCCGCUGGUGGGGGAAUCGGUGGAUAGCGAGGAGUUAGGGGUGGACGACCCAUCGCCGACAGAACAAUUCUACCAUGAGAAAUACCAAGUGGAGCCGUUUGCUAAUGACGGCAGAGAAGAGCUGGUGGACGAGCCGUCGCUGUCCAUGGGGCCGACCAUUAAUAUCCAGCACAAUAAUCCCGACCUUUUACAAGAAUCGUGGGAGAUGCAGGAACUGAGGGGAUUUAUAGAAGAAAGAGAGAUGCUGGUGGAUGAUGAGGACGCCCAACAAGACCCUCCUCACCCAGACAAUGAUGGGUACAGUCUGCAUUAUAAUGGGAUUCCUCCUCCUCCCUCCAGACAGAACACGUCUUCGGCCCAGGCCUGGCUAGACGGUGCAGCCUAUAGAGACCCGAGUGACUCGAGAUCACCAAUGAUGCCCCUCCAUCCUGUGAACACGUAUGGCGCAAAUAUACACAGGCCUGAAGAACUCAACAUUGACUUGGAUGAGGAGAAAAGUAAAAUCUAUUACCUUAAAGAACCCUCCGUUAUUUUUGAUCCAGAUGCGAUUGCCAAAGAGCAGAACCAGAGGACAAAGAGAGACUCCGGGAUGCGGCGUCUUCAGAACUUAUCCUCCAUCGAACUGCCGGAACGUGAAGAAGGGGAAGGAGAGGAGACCCCAACGUUCAGCCACUGGGGGGCGCCCCUUGUGGUCGAGAUUUGGAGAGAACCUCAAGUGUCCCUGGGGAUCAGUAUUGUGGGAGGACAAACCAUCAUAAAGCGCCUGAAGAACGGCGAGGAGCUGAAGGGGAUAUUCAUCAAGCAGGUGCUGGAGGACAGUCCGGCGGGGAGAACAAAGGCGCUGAAGACGGGUGAUAAAAUUCUGGAAGUUUCCGGCGUAGAUCUGAGAAAUGCUACACACGAUGAAGCCGUCAACGCCAUUAAGAAUGCAGGAAACCCCGUUGUCUUCGUCACACAAAGCUUAUCAGCUGCUCCCCGGCUUUUGUCUGUUGUGAAACCUUCAACCAAGGGGGGCGCAGAGUCCAGACCAGAGAGCGUCUCUCCUGUCCCCACCGGCCCUCCACCACCCAUGAAGUUGCCCCCUCCAUAUAGGGAGUCCCCCAGCCCCUUAACAUCGAGGUUUGAUCCUGACCUUGUGGACAGCGAUGAGAAGAUCAGGGAGAAAUAUGCCGACCUCCCCGGGGAGCUGCACAUCAUCGAGCUGGAGAAGGAUAAGAAUGGGCUGGGGCUCAGCUUGGCCGGGAAUAAGGACCGAUCCCGGAUGAGCAUCUUCGUGGUGGCCAUCAAUCCGGACGGACCUGCCGGGAGAGACGGGAGGAUCCUGGUGGGGGAUGAGCUGCUGGAGCUGAAUAACCAGAUUCUGUUUGGGAAAAGUCACCAAAACGCGUCGGCGGUUAUCAAGUCCGCUCCCUCCAAAGUGAAGCUGGUGCUGAUCAGGAAUAAAGAUGCUGCCGAGCAGAUGGCCAUCACCCCGUACCCGUUACCAUCCGGCACUGACUACUCUCAUCAGGAUCUGCCCGGCGUCACCGUCUCCAGCAGGACAGAAGACGCCAACCUAAAUGAGUUCAUGAAAAACUUUACAGACCCCGAGAUAAAGUCCACAGAAAGUAAAGUGAGUUUCAGCGAGCCGACGUUGCAGCCGGAGGAGGAGCAGAAUGUCCUGGACAAGUUGGUCAGCCAGCUGAAACAGACCAAACCCAGCGCCAAGAUCCCGUACGGUCCCCAGGAUAUCGCCCUCGCACCAGCUGCGCCAUACAUCGUACCGGAACCAGAGAUCUCCAGCAACCGAAACGUUCCAUCUCCUUCAGUACAUUUUGAUCCCGCAACGUGUCCGAUCAUCCCAGGGCAAGAAAUGACCAUUGAAAUCUCCAAGGGACAUUCAGGUCUUGGACUCAGCAUUGUGGGUGGAAAAGACACUCCGCUGGAGGCUGUGGUGAUACAUGAGGUGUAUGAAGAAGGUGCCGCUGCCAGGGACGGACGACUGUGGGCAGGAGAUCAAAUUCUGGAGGUCAAUGGCGUGGAUCUGAGGAGCGCCUCCCACGAGGAAGCCAUCACCGCUCUGCGACAGACGCCCCAGAAGGUGCAGCUGGUGGUGUACAGGGACGAGGCGCAGUACAGGGACGAGGAGAACCUGGAUAUCUUCUAUGUGGAGCUACAGAAGAAGAGCGGCCGAGGGCUGGGGCUGAGCAUUGUGGGUAAGAGGAACGGCAGCGGAGUCUUCAUCUCUGACAUUGUGAAAGGGGGCGCAGCCGACUAUGACAGGAGAUUAAUGCAGGGAGAUCAGAUACUGUCUGUCAACGGCGAGGACGUCCGCAGCGCCUCCCAGGAAGUGGUGGCCACCGUACUGAAGUGCGCACAAGGACUCGUUCAUCUGGAGAUCGGGAGACUCCGAGUCGCGUCUUGGCCGCCGUCCAGGAAAGACUAUCAAGGCAGUCAGGUCGGUAAGAGCGCUCCGCCGCCCUCGCUCGCCCCAGUCGUAGCCAAUGCUCAGAAUUACAGCAGCUCCAAGAGAUCGUCUGCUCCGUCCUCUCAGAGAAACUCCGGUAUAGAAAUGGAGCCCAGGACGGUCGAGAUAAACAGGGGCCCCAAUGAUGCUUUAGGCGUCAGUAUAGCUGGUGGACGAGGGAGCCCGCUGGGUGACAUUCCCGUGUUUAUUGCCAUGAUUCAGGCCAGUGGGGUGGCAGCUCGGACUAACAAGUUGAAGGUUGGGGAUCGGAUUGUCAGUAUUAAUCAGCAGCCACUGGACGGGUUGUCCCACGCCGAUGUGGUUACCAUACUAAAGAACGCCUACGGCACAAUCGCCCUGCAGGUUGUUGCAGAUACCAAUAUUAGUGCAAUAGCGAGUCAGCUGGAGAGCAUGUCCCUGAGCCAGAACAUUAACUCCGAGCACCAGCCCGACGAGGGGGAUUCUUCCGUCCCAAAAAUCAUCCACCUGGAGAAGGGUCCGGACGGGCUCGGGUUCAGCAUUGUUGGAGGAUACGGGAGUCCCCAUGGAGAUCUUCCCAUAUAUGUGAAGACAAUAUUCUCCAAGGGCGCCGCCUCAGUGGACGGGAGACUGAAGCGCGGGGAUCAGAUAUUAGCGGUCAACAACGAGAGCCUGGACGGCGUCACUCACGAAGAAGCGGUGGCCAUCCUGAAACGUCAGCGGGGGAAUGUCACACUAACCGUACUGUCGUAAUCAGGUGGAGGCCGAAGUCCUAGGCGGACCCUUACUCUGCGUUGUGCGUUGCAGCAGCUGCCUUGCCAUGCUGGUAUCUGUAGUUCCACUACUCAUGGAGAGCUAUGGGGCCGCCUAUGGAUUACGGAUCACGUAAUUCCGUAAUAAUCACGACCCUGUUACCUUAAUCCGAUACGUCUUCCAGCCGACUAGAGACGUAGACUCUGAGGCCGUUGUGUGUCCGCGCUGAAUCCCGUCCCCCGUCCGUCCUUACACUGUGUGGGGCAGUACUGAAUACCGUAUUGUGUACUGCGUUGCGGCACUAUAGAGGGCAACGCUUAUAUCCAGACUCGAAUGUUUUUAGCCAAACGCACCAAGCGCCGGAUGUGUCCACAUUGUCACCCGUGUUACUACUUUUGUCGCUGUUGCGCAACAUGUCUGCCAUAUAUAUACGUAAGACCAGUCAGCGACCAUACUGGGAAGGGUUAAAAGUAAAUUGCAGUCGUUUUAGUCAAAUAAACUUAGCUGUCAGUGAAUGGAAACCUUCAUCCGGUGCAGAUGCAGAGAGCUUGUUACAGUGUAUCGGUUCUAUGCGGAGCUUUUUAAUGUGAGCAAGUAUGCUUCCAUUCACUGACAGCCUGCAGAGAUCUUGAAUAGAAUAAGAAAGCACAAGUAUAUACAAAAGUUGCAAAAAAAAAGCUUUAUUAUGUACAGGUCUAUACCAGUGGUUUCCCCAACCAGGGGGACUCCAGCUGUUGCAAAACUACAACUUCCAUUAUUCCCGGACAGGCAACAAUUUCUAUGCAGACCUACACGUCACCAUGGCGACAGACUACCAAAUAAGUAGUCUGAUCCUGCAUUCAUACUAUCUAUUUUUGAGUCCCCCUAUGGAAUUGCAUGUAGUAUGGGAACACAGGGCAUAAUGGGAGUUGUAAUUUUGCAACAGCUAUAGAGAAACACUUAUAAACUGGCUUAUUCUCAGUGCAGCUCCUAGGGGGCGGAGCCUGACACAGGGUUUCUGACUUUGAUGUUCAAAUCCCUGUGUUAUGCUCCGCCCCCGAGGAUCCACGCUACAAUGUAUCACUUGUGUUGCCAGGUCAGCGAGUGGUGUUCACAUAUAAGGCGCCUACGCACUGCAUCUCCACUCACGGAAGUGGCUACUUCCACCGGUUAACUUGCACUAAACCAAACCCCAGCCGAUUGGCCGACCCUUCACCUUUGUGUAUCUGCAAUGUAUCAGUCUAAUAUAACCCUUCAUAUCUCCCUGUACCGCACAAUGUGUACACAGUCUGUCCUGUCCAGGUGUAAUCUUCAACACCGCCCCCUACUUGUAUCUGUAUAUAAGGUAAAAGUUAUAUUCUAUUUAAGACUAAAGAGCUAAUUUUUCAGAAAUCUAUGGAUAAAUUGUGAGCUGCGCUGCUUUAUUCGGGUGGGGAGAGAUUUAUUAUUAAUAUAUAAAUAUAUAUAAUUAUUAUUUUUUUUAUUUUUGCAUAAUCCACUGGUAAUAGAAAUGAAUGGAAAGAUCACAACGUAAUACAUAGCUGCUGAAAGUGAAGCUCCGCCCCCAAUAGUCAGCAAAUAUAAAGGUGAACGUCUUUUGUAAUAAAUCUUUAUUGUUGAUGGUUUGUUUUUGUUUUUUAAACCAAGCAAGCUUCUUGGGUAACAGGCCCAUGUACAGCAGUUUGUUGAUAUGUCCAUUUAUAAGAACAGAUCCAUCAACAGCAGUUUGUUGACAAGACCAUGAUAGCAAUAACAGAUCCACCAAUGACAACUUAUGGACAAACCCAUGUAAGACUUAGAUUGAUCAACACCAGCUUUUUGACAUAUAAGAGUAAUAGACUCAUCAAAGGCAGCCUGUUGAUAAGUCCAUUAUAAUAAUAACACAUCCAUCAACAGUAACUUGUGGACAAGCCCAAAGUAAGAAUGAAAAAUCCAUCAACAGCAGCUUAAUAAACAUAUCCAUUAUAAGAGUAACAGAUCUAUUAACAUCAGCCUGUGUACAAGCCCAGUUUAAGUAUUACAGAUCCACCAACAGCAGUUUAUUAACUUGUCCAUUAUCAGAACAGAUGCAACAUGUUAACAAACUGCUGAUGAUGGAUCUUUUAGUCUUAUAAUGGCAUGUCAACAAACUGAUGUUGAUGGAUCUGUUACUCUUAUAAUGGACAUGUUAAUAAGCUGUUUAAUAACAUGUCCAUUAUAAGAGUAACAGGUCCAGCCUAUGUACAAGCCCUAUUUGAGAAUAACCGAUCCAUCAACAGCAGUUUAUUUCCAUUCCAACUAUUAGAACAACAGAUUUAACAUGUCAACAAACUGCUGGUGAUGGAUCUGUUACUAUUAUAUUGGACAUGGUUAUUAAGCUGAUGUUGUCUAUUAGAGCAUCAGAACCAACAACAGCAGCUUUUUAACAUGUCCAUUAUAACAGUACAGAUCCAUCAACAGCAGCCUGUGUACAAGCCCAAUUUAAGAAUAACAGAUCCAUCAACAGCAGUUUGUUUACAUGUUGGAUCUGUUGUUCUAAUAAUGCACAUGUAAACAAACUGCUGUUGAUGGAUCUGUUACUCUUAUAAUGGACAUGUUAAUAAGCUGUUUAAUAACAUGUCCAUUAUAAGAGUAACAGGUCCAUCAACUGCAGCCUGUGUACAAGCCCAAUUUAAGAAUUACAGAUCCAUCAACAGCAGUUUGUUAACAUGUUGGAUCUGUUCUAAUAAUGCACAUGUAAACAAACUGCUGUUGGUGGAUCUGUUACUCUUAUAAUGGACAUGUUAAUAAGCUGUUUAAUAACAUGUCCAUUAUAAGAGUAACAGGUCCAUCAACAGCAGCCCAAUUUAAGAAAAAAAGAUCCAUCAACAGCAGUUUAUUGACAUGUCCAUUAUUAGAAUAACACAUCCAUCAACAGCAGUUUAUUCACAUGCCCAUUACCAUGAUUUGUGCCUCCGAGGCACAGAUAUGUCACAGAUAUGCACAGGCCCCAUUCAUUUUAAUGGCCCGAGUGUAGUCAGCUAGUGACUACAUUCGGGUCAUUUCCCAAUGUAUCUGAGUUUUGUUUCGGACUGAAAAUUGCUGCAAGCUGCAUUGCUUAGUCAGAGUCAAAAAUGUAAACGCUCGGGAAAUGACCUUAACUUGGUGACUAGCACUACGCUUGGGCUAUGAAAAUGGAGGGCACCCGUGCCUGUCCAAGCAUGAACAUGUUGGCAUGUCAUUUUGAUAUUCUCCGAUGUAUCGGGAGGCACAAAUUGUGGUGUGAACAAGACCCAACAGACAGCAGUUUGUUGACACGCCCAUCAUAAGAGUAAGGUUGUCUUCACAUUGCUGAAUCUCUGGACGGAAUUUCCGCCAGAGAUCCCGCGGGUGACACUAAGACCACGCGGACUGCAUUGUCAUCCCCACGGACAGCAAAACAUGCAUUGCCGUCUAUGGGGACUGCAAUAAAGUCUGUGCAGUCCUAGCGCCCCCCACUGGAUCUCCGGUGGAAAUUCCGUCCAGAGAUUCCACACUGUGAACCCGGCCUAACACAUCCAUCCACAGCAAUUUGUUGACAUGCACAUUAUGAGUAUCAGAUCCAGCAACAGCAAUUUGCUGAUAGUUUUUUUAAUUAUUAACUGAAAUAAAAAUGGAAGCAGCAGAAGAGAUAAUAAAUAAAUGUUACGUUAUUUGCCGUUUGUAGAUAUAAUGUUACUAGACGGAACUUCAUUUUCCAUAGAGCUGACAAAUGUGGGCGGAGAUCUUCACAUUGAAUGUACAUAUGUGUGAAUGUUGUUAGUAGUACUGGAGGGUUGGCAGCAGGGACAGAAUAUUACCCACUGCCCUAGAGAACAGGAGAGAAGUACCCAUCUGUGAUGUUCCUUCUAGAGAUGAGCGAACUUACAGUAAAUUCGAUUCGUCACGAACUUCUCGGCUCGGCAGUUGAUGACUUUUCCUGCAUAAAUUAGUUCAGCUUUCCGG